AUGGGCUUGUCUGACAAAGCGGCUAAAGUAGUCGAAAGGAGGGGUUGUCGCCCUCGAGAGAUGGAAGCGAGGGGACAGCAAAGAUGGGGAAUUCGCGUCAUGGCUGCUCUAUGCAGAUGCUCGACCUUCUACUUGCUUGCUGAAGCCGUGGUAUUAGCAGUUCUUUUUUAA